CCACGGUUUGACUUCCUCCGCCCUCGUCCAAUUCCACCUCAGUCCCACCCAAAGGGUUACACGUUCAACUUCUCGUGCUGCAUGUUCUGCCUUCAUACUAUCACCAAGCACAGAGUCUACCUCUGCCCUCUCCGUAUGCGCCAACAUAAAGGGAUUCGGUAAGAGCUUGCUGCGGAAAGCACCGCCACAACCAUUCCACAAGUGAAAGUAAGGACGCGCACCCGAAAUAUAAAACCUUAGGAACACCCCGCCGCAUCUUCUCCAUCACCUGCUACUUUCUCACCCCCUUCGUCCACCCACUCUUGCAAGACACCCAGGAGUAGAAAACACAGCUCCACGACACGGGCCCCACCCACUCAGUCCAACAAACAAGUGCAGGCCCUCGCGCUGCAUCAUAUCAAGAUGCCCACAGCGGUGUUGACUCCCGACCUCGCGACGGAGACGCAGCCCCAGCUCCAAUUGACGUCGAAAGGACCUCCCACGAUCACGGCCACCCAGGCGGUAGACGACAACGCCGACGAGUCACACAACAAAACACCCAACACGACUAGUAACGGGGAGAAAAGCAGGGGACAGAAAGGAAAAGUGAAGAAAGCCUUCUCGGUCCUCAAACGAGGAGGGAAGCCCAGCUCCGACCUAUCCACACCCAACUUCUCCCACCCAAUACACGGAUCCUCGAACCCUCCACCGCCUAACAAGAAAGGCGGGGGAAGCGGAAGAGUCCUAGCGAACAUGGGGUACCGCGACGGUAAGGGGGCGGUGGGCACGGAGGCGGCGAAGGAGGAGGACUGGGAGUAUCCGCUGAAUAAGAGGGUUGGGGGGAAGAAGGUGUUGGCGAGUUAUGCGCACUGCCAGGAGCGCUGAGGGGGGAUUUGGAUGAUGCUGGUUUGUGGCACCUCGUGCGUGUGGGUUCGGCGUCGGCUAGUUAUGGCGCUUCGGUAUGGCGUUGAGGGUUGGGGAGUCUGAGGGCUUCCUAGGUCUCAAGUUUCAAUAUACGGUUUCAAUG